AUGGAAGAAUUCUUAAAAGAGAGUCCCUCUGAGAUCCCCACCGCACAGGAUAAACCCGGUGAAUUUAACAAUUUUAUCUACACAACACAGGAUAGUGAACGCUUAGACAAUCCACAGUCGCUCAACUUGAACUUGGAUCCACUUGGUGAGGGUAGACAGCAAGAUUACUCUUUAGACUUGACCAACAAUAACGAUGAAAAUUACAAGAACGAUGGCUCGGGUAAUUACUUCAGCAGUGGAAGCAAUAUAAACACAAAUACCCCUGGUUCCGGCUUUAAUUCAAAUACCCAAUUAUCUGGAAGCGAGUACUUGAGUCCUAUGGGAUUUUCUUAUAAUCAACAGGGUCUGCAAACACAAUCGCAAAACACAGUUAAUAAUCAAUAUCAAUCAGGCCACCAAAGAAUGAACUCGGACACAUUUUCCGGAUCCAACCCAGGUUCAUUCACAAGUGAGCCAUUUUUGGACGAUGUGGCAUUUUCACAGGCCAUUUUGGGUCCACAAUUAAAUGCCCCUCAAUAUGGUACCGAGAAUUUAUCGCCACAGCUGUUUUCACCACAAUUGCAAGGCACUCAACCAUUUGUCACUAAUUCAGCCAAUUUAGACGAGUUGAUUUCCCCUGGAAAUAACUACGAUGAUAGCACGUUUCUCAAUCCCCAAUACUUUUCUCCACCAAACCGACAGGGAAACCAUUUCAAUUCCUUGCGAUCAAUUGCCGAAGAUACGUUUGACAACAAUUCGGGAGAUAUCUUUAGUCCAGAAUUGUCUAGACAUGGAAGCAUCAGUGGACCAUCAUAUGGACAAGGAAACAAUAUCCCUCAGACAAACUUAUAUUUAUCACCUCAAUUGAACCCCGCGUCUUAUGUUUCACCGGAUUUUAAUGAUGGCUCCUACUUGAACUCACCUCCUCAAUACAACAGCCGCUCCAAUAAUCUAAAUGUUCCAAAUAUGAGCUCUUCGAUUCCAAAUCACCCAACAAGACAGGAGAAAUGGAACUCGUUAUCACCGCUACCCUCGCAGUCCACAGCACUAAGCACUUCUGUCCCUAAUGGGAAACGUGACCCGUCAGUGCCCACCAAACAGCUUUCAAAGGAAGAGAAAUUGAAAAGACGCCGAGAAUUUCAUAAUGCAGUUGAGCGAAGAAGACGUGAUUUGAUUAAGGAGAGAAUAAAAGAAUUGGGGAUUAUUGUUCCUCCUUCGUUAUUGAAUCCGCAAUUGAGUGCAGUACAAGCCUUGCAACAGAAGAAUAAUAUCAAUUCGAGCGACUUGAAUGACUUGAUCAGUUCCAUCAAGGUUAAAGAGACGAAACCUAAUAAGUCAACCAUUUUGAACAAAUCGGUCGAUUAUAUCAAUCAUUUAAAUUAUGUGUUGAAGCAGCAAGAGGUAGCCCGAAACCAAUUGACCAAGCAAAUCAAACAGUUAGAGCAGAGUAGUAUUCAGGGUUUAUAG